AUGCUCGAGAAAUCGCUCUGUCCAGAUACAGAAGAUUGUUUUUACCGCGCCGACCAUGAGAAAGACAGUAAGUUGCGAGACAAACUAGCCCAGGAUUUCGGGGCCACUAUGCGUGGAGAUGGAAGCUGCAGGAUUGAUGAACACGUUCCCGUGCCUGGUCAUUCGAGGAAUUUGUGA